AUGGGAGUCUCGGCGUUCUACAGGUGGCUAGCGGACCGGUACCCACAUACGGUGUCGGACGCGGAGGAGGAGGAGCCCGUGGAGCUCGAGCCCGGGGCCUUCGUCCCCGUCGACCCCCGCCGCCCCAAACCCAACGGCCUCCAGGCCUCCGCCGUCGCGCUGGCCGACCAGCUCUGCCGCCUCCACCUCGGGCAGAUGCAGCCCAUGCCCAUGGCGCGCUUCGCCUCCUCGGACGAGAAGCUCCGCCCCCUCCACAUCGGGCAGACGCAGGCGCAUGUCGUGCCGGCUCCCCCGGUGCUGCCCGCCUCCCCGGCCGAGAAGCACGCGGCGAUGCCCAAGAGCAUCUCCAUCCGCUCCAAAGGCUACCUGAAGCAUCGCGUGACGAAGCCGGUGAACAUCGGC